AUGUUGAUAGUGACAAUUGUCUCGUGACUGUCUUGGCAACGAGUCCGGUACAAUUGAUCAACACUGUUGUCACAGUUUCAUUCGUCUCGCCGGUCUCCAUCGGAAAGGUUUCAGCGAGUUCGUCUUUCACAGGUCAGGUACAACUGUAAGCUCAACAUGAGGGAAUGCAUUUCUAUUCACGUCGGCCAGGCCGGAUGUCAGAUGGGCAAUGCAUGCUGGGAGUUGUAUUGCCUGGAGCAUGGCAUCCAGCCUGAUGGUCAGAUGCCCUCGGACAAGACGAUUGGUCAUGGAGACGAUUCCUUCAACACCUUCUUCAGCGAGACUGGAGCAGGGAAACACGUCCCUAGGGCCAUCUUCGCAGACCUCGAGCCUACUGUUGUCGAUGAGGUCCGUACCGGCACCUACCGCCAGCUGUUCCACCCCGAGCAGCUCAUCACCGGCAAGGAGGACGCCGCCAACAACUACGCCCGUGGCCACUACACCGUGGGCAAGGAGCUUAUUGACCUUGUCCUUGAUCGUAUCAGGAAGUUGGCUGACCAGUGCUCUGGACUCCAGGGCUUUCUCAUUUUUCACAGCUUUGGGGGUGGUACUGGCUCCGGCUUCACUUCACUACUUCUUGAGCGUCUUAGCGUUGACUACGGCAAGAAAUCUAAGCUUGAGUUUGCCAUCUAUCCAGCCCCUCAGGUGUCUACCGCCGUGGUGGAACCCUACAACUCCAUCCUGACCACUCACACAACCCUGGAACACUCUGAUGUGGCCUUCAUGGUCGACAACGAGGCUAUUUACGAUAUUUGCCGACGUAACCUUGACAUUGAACGUCCAACGUACACCAAUCUGAACCGUCUGAUUGGUCAGAUUGUCAGUUCCAUCACGGCCUCUCUCCGAUUCGACGGUGCCCUGAACGUGGAUCUGACCGAGUUCCAGACCAACUUGGUGCCCUACCCACGUAUCCACUUCCCUCUGGCUACCUAUGCCCCAGUCAUUUCUGCGGAGAAAGCCUACCACGAGCAGCUCUCUGUGGCCGAGAUCACCAACGCUACAUUCGAGCCCGCCAACCAGAUGGUCAAGUGUGACCCCCGUCAUGGCAAAUACAUGGCCUGCUGCAUGUUGUACCGUGGUGAUGUAGUUCCAAAAGAUAUCAACGCUGCCAUCGCCACCAUCAAGACCAAGAGAACCAUCCAGUUCGUCGACUGGUGUCCUACUGGUUUCAAGGUCGGCAUCAACUACCAGCCACCAACAGUUGUCCCCGGUGGUGACCUGGCCAAGGUCCAGAGAGCCGUCUGCAUGUUGGCAAACACCACCGCCAUCGCCGAGGCCUGGGCUCGUCUUGAUCACAAGUUCGAUCUGAUGUACGCCAAGCGAGCCUUCGUCCACUGGUACGUGGGUGAGGGUAUGGAGGAGGGAGAAUUCUCUGAGGCCCGUGAGGAUUUGGCUGCUCUGGAGAAGGACUACGAGGAGGUUGGAGUUGACUCCAUGCAGGACGAGGAGGAAGAAGGAGAGGAAUAUUAGACAAAUAUACCUUGGUCAUAUCCGUUUAAACGUAAGGGUAUUAGAAAAAUAACAUCCGUACAGGGAAAGAUGAUUUUCAACCUUUUCUAAUCAGCUUCUCUUGUAUGCAGUCCAGUUAAAUGUCACAUUCUUUGCUUACUCACCCUUGGUGUUUUUGUUCAUACGUCGUUUUAAGCUGUAUUCUAGUUAAAACACAGAGUGUCAUUUGAGGAAACUAUUUGAUCAAGUAGAAAUAAACUAGAUGAUUUACCAUAUAUUAUUGAAUUUUAAUUUAAAAGACAUUGCCUUUUUUGUUUGAACUGAGACUCUCCCUAUAACUGUUACUUUAUGACAUCCAUGUCGAUCUCAGUACUAAACUGAAAUAAAAUACUGCUGUUAUCUACUU